AUGAUAGGAUCAUUCUCUCCUGUUCCUGAAGAAGAGCAAGAAAUCCGGCCAAGUUCUGCACCGCCAGGCCUUGGAAUUGGGUCUCCACGGGCCACGGUGUCCAUGAAUUUCCUAUCCUCGAGUUCGGAACCAGAGGAAAACAGGUCUAUAUCACCGGAUUUUGCUUCAACGUCGACGGAGCCAAACGCUCUAAACCCUGAAGCGUUCGAAUUUAUCCCAAGGCCUUUCUAUCCUGGGGUACCAGAGCUUAAAUCGGGAACUAGGCGUGCACCACCGGUUUACCCGCAAGCUCCCCCAGCAGGGUCUCAACAGUUCGCACCAUCUUAUGGAUUUCUGAUGCAAGCAAUGCCAAUGCAAGGUCCAAUGCAGUCAAUGCCAAUGUCACAAGGUCCAUUGCAUCCGAUGGCAAUGCCGCAAGGUCCAUUGCAUCCGAUGACAAUGCCGCAAGGUCCAAUGCAGCCAAUGGGGAUACCACAAGCUCCAAUGCAGCCAAUGGGGAUGCCACAGGGUCCAAUGCAGCCGAUGGGGAUGCCACAGAUGUCAAUGCCAACACCGCUCUACCAUUAUCAGAACAUGCCGGGCCAGCAGCAAAUGCAUUGGCAGAACUUCGGCCGCCCUGGACAUCUAGGCCCACAUCAACCAGCUGGGCGAUUCAUGCCACCGCCUCCGCCAGCAUUUCACAAUCCUUGGCCAAUACUGAACCAACCACAAGGCUACACCUUGCCCCCGCAACCAACCAGAUACGGGUACCAAGGACCACGCAUGCCACGGGUACCCCAAAGACCCCUAGGGUUUCUGGUACCCCCCGUUUCUCGGGGACUCCCGGCGCCUCUGCCACAACAAGAGCGACCGGCAUUCGAAAACAACCACAGCCAGGAUGAAGGCCCACUACCGGCUCCGGCCACUGUUUCUCCAUCCCAUAUGGCAGCUCCAAAUGUGGAUCAAGGUUGUGUUCAAGAGUCGUCGGCUUUAAAAGCAGGCCUGAUUGUUAGUUCGGCAGCGUCAGAUCCAGAGACCGCUCCCGCUCUAACCCUUUCAACGGCCGUUAUGCCUCCACAGAUGCCUACUGGUGAAAGGCUCACGAACGUCGAUGCCCCCAAGUCACCCGAUGUCGGCACGAUAGACUCGGGUAACUUGCCGGCGAUCAUGGAUCCAGUCUUACAGUAA